AUGGCUGUAUCCGCUCUGGUUUGGGCAAGUCACGAUGGUCCCGAGGAGCGGGGAAGGAGACGGAACGGUCGUGAUGAUCUAUUCGCUAGAGCCCUUAUUCGAAGGACUUUGAUCAAGUGGAGAAUGCCAUUAAAGUUCGCUGAUUAUCGCCUUUUACUAGGACCAAAGAGGUCCGCAGCGAUUCCCAUCGCUGAUUUGGAUCGCCGCGCCGAGUCAAGCAACCAUGUCCAUCUCUCUGACCCGCUCGAGAAGCGCCACGUCUACGCGCUAGAUGAUGACGAGAACGCACUCGAGAAGCGUCACCGCUAUCAAUUGGAUGAGGACGAGAGUGCACUCGCGAAGCGUCACACCUACGCUCUGGAUGACGACGAGAGCGCACUCGAGAAGCGUCACACCUACGCUCUGGAUGAUGACGAGAACGCACUCGAGAAGCGUCACACCUACGCUCUGGAUGACGAUGAGAGCGCACUCGAGAAGCGUCACCGCUAUCAAUUGGAUGAGGACGAGAGUGCACUCGCGAAGCGUCACACCUACGCUCUGGAUGACGAUGAGAGCGCACUCGAGAAGCGCCACACCUACGCUCUGGAUGACGAUGAGAGCGCACUCGAGAAGCGCCACACCUACGCUCUGGAUGAUGAUGAGAGCGCACUCGAGAAGCGCCACACCUACGCUCUGGAUGACGAUGAGAGCGCACUCGAGAAGCGCCACACCUACGCUCUGGAUGAUGAUGAGAGCGCACUCGAGAAGCGUCACACCUACGGAGUGGAUAAAGACGAGAUCGACGUCUAG